AUGGAUGUCUUCCUAGAUAUCCUUGAUACGUUGAUCCUCGAUCGAUGCUAUGCAUUUCUCUCGCCAGAUUUGAAUGCCAGUCUUGAAAGUUACAAUUCUACAAACUUCCAACUAAACCGACAUGUGAAGGUUUACUACCCUAUGGAGGCUUCCAAGUGGGCAGAAGCCAGUCUUUGGAAACGAGAUGAUCUUGCCCGACAAGCAUUGUCCCUAUACAUCGUCACCUGGCUUUUCGCAAUGAUCAUGUACCUGCUCGGCAGUCUUGUACUAUACCACACAUUAUUCGACAAAAGAUUACUUCGACACCCCCGAUUCCUUGCGAACCAAAUAAAACUCGAGAUUGAACAAGGCAUAUCCGCAAUCCCAGUCAUCACGUUCCUCACAGUCCCGUUCUUCAUCGCGGAAAUUCGCGGCUGGUCCAAGCUCUAUGACUUCACAAGCGAAUCUCCAUUCUGGGGAUACACGCUAUUACAAUAUCCAUUCUUCAUCUGCUUCACGGACAGUGGGAUCUACUGGAUUCACCGGGGCUUGCACCACCCUCUGAUCUACCGCUGGCUUCACAAGCCUCACCACAAAUGGGCUGUUCCGACACCCUUUGCUAGCUAUGCAUUCCACCCGCUGGAUGGGUGGUCGCAGAGUCUACCAUACCACGUUUUCCCCAUGCUGUUUCCCUUGCAGAAGAGUGCAUACUUGGGACUCUUCAUUUUUGUUACGAUGUGGACGGUUUUGAUACAUGAUGCUGAGUAUCUACCCACAUCUGAGAUCAUCAAUGGAGCUUCAUGUCAUACAAUGCACCAUCUUUACUUCAACUAUAACUAUGGCCAGUUUACAACAGCCUGGGAUCGUCUGGCGGGAACUUAUAGGAAGCCCAAGGGCGAUGCUUUCAUGGAGAACAAGCAAGGAGCCGAGAAGGUUUCUGAUAAAUGUGAAUAG